AUGGCCGAAAAGCAUGACGAAGCCCACGAGGCUGCAGCGAAUGCGCCGGACGAGAAGGAGAAGGAGAGCACGCGACCACCAGAUGACAGGAUAGUGCUGCAGCCGGCAGCCACAGACGGCGACACGACCGCGCAGCCGGUUGAGGGUCCUGCUUUCUCGGCCUUUUCGCGCCGGACCAAGCGGUUCCUGCUGCUGAUGACGGCCUUUGCCACGUUCUUCUCGCCCUUCUCGUCGUUUAUCUACCUGCCGGCCAUCACGCCGAUCGCGACGGCAUACGGCCGCUCGAUUGCCGACAUCAACCUCUCCGUCACGCUCUACCAGGUCAUGCAGGCCGUGGCGCCUCUCUUCUUCGGCGACCUCAGCGAUCAGAUCGGCCGCCGGCCCGUCUACGUGCUCACCUUUGCCAUCUACCUCGGCGCCAACAUCGGUCUGGCCCUCCAACACGGCUACGCCGCCCUGCUCGUGCUGCGGGCCCUCCAGAGCACCGGCAGCAGCGCCACCGUCGCCAUCGGCAGCGCCGUCAUGGCCGACUUCGCCACCAGCGCCGACCGUGGCGGCUACGUCACCGCCGUCCAGGCCAGCAUCAUGUUUGCGCCCGCCCUGGCCCCCGUGCUCGGCGGCAUCCUAACCCAGUUCCUCGGCUGGCGCUCCAACUUUUGGUUCCUCACCAUUGCCGCCGGCGUUUUCUUACUGAUCUACGUGCCCUUUGUGCCAGAGAGUGCGCGCAACAUCGUCGGGGAUGGUUCGCUCCCACCUCCGGCACUGAACCGCAGCCUGCUGGCGAUGCACAUGCAGAAGAAGCAGAGACAGAGACGGCAGAACCCAGAUUCAGAGGCGACGGCAUCGACGGAAGCAACACCACCUACACCACCACCAUCAUCACCACUACCCCCUCGCAAACACAAGAUCCCCAUCCCCGACCUGCUAGCAGCCGUGCGGAUCGCGUUCGAGAAGGACGUCGGGCUGCUGCUGCUGUUCAUGUCUCUGUUUGUCAUGGCCAACUACACUCUGUUGGUGCCGCUGCAAGACGUGAUCCGACGACGAUACGGUUUCAACGACGUCCAGGUCGGCCUCUGCUACAUCCCGUUUGCGGCCGGAUCCGGAGUCGGCUCGCUGGUCACUGGCCGACUUCUCAACCGCAACUACGCGCGUGUGGCCGCCAGCAUCGGCGUACGGCCGGACCGCAAGCGUGGCGACGAUCUGCGCCACUUUCCCAUCGAACGCGCCCGGCUCGACGUCAUGUGGCCCUGGCUGCUGCUCGCUGUCGCCAUGACGGCCUCCUGGGGCUGGGUUGUCGACGCUGGCACCAGCCUGGCUGCUCCCCUGGUCGUGCUCUUCUUCGCCGGCGCCGGCCUCAGCGGACCCAUGUCUGUUCUCACUACCCUCCUCGUCGACCUCUACCCCAUGAACCCCGGUCGCGUCUCGUCCACCUUCAACCUUACUCGCGCCGGCUUCAGCGCCGUCGGCACUGCCGUCAUCCAGUACAUCAUCGACGCUUGGGGCUACGGAUACACCUACCUCUUCAUGGGCCUCCUCGUCCUCGCCGCCAGCCCCGCCAUUCUCGUCGUCCGCCACUACGGGCCGCGCUGGCGCGAGGAACGCUACCUGCGCUUCGAGCGCGCCAAAAAGACCCAGGCCGACAGAGUGGAUGUCGACAGAGAGUAG